AUGGCGACUUCUUUGGCUAAGGCGGCCCGCUCGGCGACUCGGACUGUCAUCAGAAGCGUCUACAGCGACACGCGAAACAAUCUGAUGAUCGGCAAGCAGACAAAAGUCAUUAUUCAAGGUUUCACUGGUAGACAAGGUACAUUCCAUGGAAAGCAAAUGAUCGAGUACAAAACCCACGUUGUUGGCGGUGUUUCGCCGAAUAAGGCUGGCGAGACUCAUCUCGGUCUUCCGGUGUUCGGAACCGUCGCCGAGGCCAAGGAGAAGACCGGCGCCGACGCGACCGUCAUUUAUGUGCCAGCCGCCGGCGCAGCUCGCGCUAUCAACGAGGCCAUCGAUGCCGAGAUUGGAUUGAUUGUCGCCAUCACCGAGGGUAUCCCGCAACAGGAUAUGGUUCGCGUCAAGAAUCGACUCCUCAAGCAAAACAAAUCGCGCCUUCUUGGUCCUAAUUGCCCGGGAAUCAUUGCUUCCGGAGAGUGCAAGAUUGGUAUCAUGCCGGGCCACAUUCACAAGAAGGGCUGCAUCGGAAUCGUCUCGCGUUCGGGCACACUGACGUAUGAGGCGGUGCAUCAGACGACGACGACCGGCCUCGGGCAGACGAGAUGCAUCGGAAUCGGCGGCGAUCCGUUCAAUGGAACCAACUUCAUCGAUUGUCUUGAGGUGUUCUUGGAGGACGAUGAGACGAAGGGAAUCAUUCUCAUCGGCGAGAUCGGCGGGCAGGCCGAGGAGCAGGCGGCCGAGUUUUUGAAGGAGCGCAACACGGGUCCGAACGCCAAACCGGUGGUGUCGUUCAUUGCUGGUGUCACGGCGCCGCCGGGAAGACGAAUGGGACAUGCGGGAGCGAUUAUUGCAGGCGGAAAAGGUACCGCUGGCGACAAAAUCGAGGCACUUCGCUCGGCUGGCGUCGUCGUCACCGAUAGUCCGGCAAAAUUGGGAGUCGAAAUGAAAAACGCGAUGUCGAAAUAA